AUGUGUAAGGAAGAACGUGCAAGCUUGAAAAAGCAAGCAAAGAUGGCUGCUGAAGCUGCACAGCUGGCUAUGGAUGCUGAAAUAGAACAAGCGCGACUUCCACCAGAACUUACCGGACCAGGUUGGAGAGCGCGAGGUGACCGAAUACCAGUCGAAAAACGAGUCCCGUUCAAUCGACCAACAGCAAAGCAGGUUUUCGAUGCACUUCCAUUUGUUCGACGCUAUUUUUUCUAUUGGAUGAAAUUCACGUUCGAUAAAGAAAAGUUGUUCAUCAAUACAUUCCAACCGCUAAAGCACAAACCAUUCUAUGGAGUUCCAUGUGGUGGUAUAGGAUGUGGUGCGAUGGGACGUGAUUUUCGAGGAGGAUUUUGUAAAUAUAGCUUGAGACCUGGUCUUGUAGAACAAAAAGUGGAUGUAAUACCUGCCAACCAAUUCAUCAUAUCGGUUCGCCGUGAUGGUCGUUGUAUUUACCAAAAGGUCUUGUGCGCAGCCGAUGUGGUUCUGCCCGGUCAACAGUUGAGUGCGUGGGAUUUUUCGUUUCCAAAGAAGGAUUUGCAUUACCGAGGUCUUUAUCCACGUUCAUGGACCCACUACAAUAUACGACAUCUGGGCUUGACUGUGGUGAUUCGACAGGUUUCACCAGUGAUUCCCAACAAUUACGAAGACACCAGCCUUCCUGUUUGCUGUUUUGUCGUAGACGUCCAGAACGAGAGUGAUUUUAAUUUGGAAGUCUCUGUUGCUUUCACAUUCCGGAAUGGAACGGGUAAUCGCCGAUGGGAAAAUGAGUCUCAGUGUACUCCUGCAAGGUUCACAGAUGGGAAUGUUACCGGUGUGACCUUGGCGCAUACAAUUUCACAGCUAGCUUGUACCUAUGGUGUUGCGACGACAUCAUAUGCGUUCUCGAAUAAUCAUCAUAUAUCGGUAUGCAACGGAUUUGAUCCAUCCAAGUCUGGUGCAGCAGUAUGGUCUUCGCUACGGGAAACGGGAGAUCUGCUUUUGGAAGAUGAUGAGUGUGCUCUGGGUUCUACGGAGUUGGCUGUAGGUGUUUGUCAACGUUUCAUCGUUCCGGCUAAAAAGUCAAGAAUAGUGGAGUUCGCUCUGGCAUGGGACAUGCCCAAUGUGCUAUUCGGUGCCUCGAGAAGGUGGUACAAAAGGCGGUACACAAGAUUCGUAAGAGGAGCUUCCUGUCUUUGUGCCCGAGCUUUGGGACGACGACCCCAAUGGGAGAAAGCGCUGGAUGACUGGCAAAUGCCCAUAUUAAAAAACCCAAACCUGCCUGAAUGGUACAAAUCGGCGAUCUUUAACGAGCUCUACUUCAUGACUGAUGGAGGAUCUCUUUGGUUUGAAUACGAUAAAGAUUGGCCGAAGAAUGAGACGCAUCUUAGCGAAUAUACGAAGAAUCUCAUGAUACAGUACGGUAGAUUUGGAUAUCUGGAAUCUUGGGAAUAUCGUAUGGUAAAUACUUAUGAUGUACAUUUUUAUGCAUCCUAUGCAAUAGCACAGUUAUGGCCUUAUCUGCAACUAACAAUGCAAGCCGAGUUCACUGACCAGAUUGAGCACUCCGUGGAUACUCAUAUUACUUUUCAUAUGGAAGGGGAUGUUGCUCGCCAAAAAACUAGGUGCCGUGUACCGCAUGAUCUCGGAAACCCGGCGGAUGAGCCUUGGUUGUGUACAAAUGCUUACGUAAUGCAUGAUACUGGUAAAUGGAAAGAUCUUAACUUGAAAUUUGUGCUAACAUCGUGGCGAGAUCAUGUAGCUUUGCCGCGACAUACUGACGACUUAUCUUUUUUGGAACAUACAUGGCCAGCUGUCCAGAAAUUGAUGUCUGAUGCUGUACUGGAAUGGGACCAAGACGGUGACGGAAUGAUUGAAAAUUUUGGAGCAGCAGAUCAGACUUAUGAUGCUUGGAGAAUGGAAGGUGUGAGCGCCUACUGCGGUUCGCUCUGGUUAGCUUCGCUUAGAGUCGCUGCUGAAAUGGCUAGGAUUUUAGGCUAUGAAGCAUGUGAGAAGCAAUAUUUGCAAGUAUUGGAAAAUGCUAGGAAGGUAUUUAUUGAACGUUUAUGGACCGGUUCAUACUUUCGAUUCUGUGAGAGGUCUCGCAGUCGUGAAUCUAUCAUGGCUGAUCAGCUUUGUGGCAUAUGGUUCUUACAAUCUGUUUCACCCGAAUUAGCCGAUGAAGUGCUUCCGCAAGCUAUGGUUCGUAAAGCACUGGAUACCAUCUAUGGUUAUAAUGUUUGUCGUUUUGCUGGUGGAAAGAUGGGUGCAGUGAAUGGAAUGCGACCCGAUGGAGUUGUUGAUAGAGAGUAUAUACAGGCCGAUGAAGUCUGGACUGGGGUAACAUACGCGGUGGCAGCUUUUAUGCUGCAGCAAGGUGAGCCAGAGAAAGCCUUCCAUACCGCUUCUGGUUCUUAUAAUGCUUGCUUCGAACGUUUCGGACUACAGUAUCAAACUCCGGAGGCACUCUAUGAGAACAAGUUUUACCGUGCCAUUGGCUAUAUGAGACCGCUAAGCAUCUGGGCAAUGCAGUGGGCGCUUAAAUUUCACGGUGAUAUUAACUCGCUCAAUCCACGCUCUGCGACGAAUUCUUCCCCACGGCAACUCCUAAGCAUCAAAGCAUUCGAUGAUUCAGCUAGUGAAGGUUAUGCAAGUGAUGAACGCGAUCCAGAAGCUGCUAGCAGUAGUAGCAGUACCGGCUUGAUUAGCAGUACGUCCAGCUCGUUUGGUUCUCGGUAGUUGAGUUUUUUUAGGGAUCUUGUUGAGUUUGCUUAUAAUUUCUUGUGCCAUUUUGUGUGCUUCACUUUACCUCAGUCGUUUUAUCUGCUCCCAUUCUGUACGAAC